AAAUAUAUAUGUACAUAUAUAUAUAUAUAUAUAUAUACAUACUAUUUAAUAUAAUACAAGUUGCAUACUAUUUAAAUAACUCUAUAAUCCUUAAUUCUUUUUAUUUUAAUUAAUUCAUAUAUUUAUAAUGCGUUAUAAUAAUUCUCGUUCUACUGAAGAAUGUCCUUUAACAAAAAAUAGAAGUUAUAAAUAUACUUUAAGUAUAUAUUGUGGAGAUGGUUUAAAAUUCAUUAUAAGUUGUUUUACUAUUUUAACUAUUUCCAUUACGACAACAUUAGUUUUACAAAUACUAUAUGCUGAAGGAGGUCCACAGAAUAAAGUUGGUAUUCAUGGUGCAGUUGCAACAGAUUAUACAAAUUGUUCACAAAUUGGAACUAAGAUAUUACGAAAAAAUGGCAAUGCAAUAGAUGCAGCUAUUGCAGCUACCAUUUGUAUGACAGUAGUAGCUCCACAUAAAACUGGUCUCGGUGGUGGUGGUUACAUAAUGAUAUAUAAUCAUAAAGAACAAAUAAAACCAAUUAUUAUUGAUUUUACCAAUAAUACAAUUGAAGGCAAUUUUGAACAAAGUGGAAUACGUAUACCUGCAGUAUUACGAGGAUUAGAAUAUGCACAUAAAUUAAAAGGUAAAUUAUCAUGGAAUGAAAUUGUUGAACCUUCUGUAUCUUUAGCAAAAAGAGGAUUUGUUGUAUCAAAGGAAUUAGCUACUGAAGUAUCAAAAAACAUCAAUUAUGAGAUUUUGUAUGGACAUAUUAGUGCAGGAGAUAUAUUAAAGUUACCUGAUCUUAGUAAUAUGUUAAAUGCUGUAGCACUGAAAGGAACUAAUGUAUUAUAUAAUGGAACUUUUUCACAGAAAUUAUUACAUGACAAAGUUAAACUUUCAAAAUUACUUCCACAAUUGAUAAAAUAUGAACCUGAUAUAUAUGUAGCAAAAAAAUCUAGUUUUUAUAAACAUGCAGUAUAUUAUCCUCCACAUAUUUCAUUAUUAAAAUCAAUGAUUACUGCACUGGAAAAUCUUAAAAUAUCAGCUGAUAAUGCAUCUACAAUACAAACAGAGAUACAAGUAGCUAAAGCAUUAAUAAAUGUUGUUUCAUUUCCAUUUCAAUUAAAAUAUGCUGAAAAAAAAAAAUAUACUGGAGUUAUUGCAAUGGAUUGGGAAGAUACUUAUGUUUGUAUUAUAACUGGACUUAGUGCUCCAUUUGGUCUUGGAUAUAUGUCGAAUGCAGGUUUUUUAUUAGAUAAAACAGAUACCAAUAAUACUUUAUCUGUGCUUAUUCCAAUAAUUUUUCAUAAUGAAAGAGCAUUAUGUGGAUUACGAGGAGUAUUUGGAACUGAUGAUAUAUCAAUUAUUGGACAAUUAUUGUACAGUAUUAUAAUUCGUCAAUUAAAUAUUUCUGAAGCUAUUGAAUAUCCAAGAUAUUAUUUUUCAUCAAAUGGUCUUACUAUAGAAAAUAAUCAAAAACACGCUGUAAAUAUAUUAAUACAAAACCAACUAAAUUUAAUAGUACCAAUAUCGUAUUUGGAUACUGAUAUAGUAAAAAGUGUAAAUGCAAUCAUAAAAAGAAAAGAUUUAAUGUCAAGUCAUUCAGAUAGUCGUGGAGGUGGUCUUUCAUCAAGAUUUUAAUAAAUUAUUUAUUUUUAUCUCUUUUUUAUUAAAUAUAUUAUAUUUCUUUUUUUAUUAAAUAUAUUUAUAUAUAUUAAAGAUAAUUAUAAAAUAAGAUUUUUAAUAAAUCUUAGUAAACUACAAUUGAAUAAACUUUUCUAAAAUAAAGAAAAUGAUGAAUUAUUUUUUUUUAUUAAAAUAAUUCUUUUAUUUAUAUAUAUAAAAUAUAUAAAAUUAUAUAUAAAUUUAUAUUUAUAUAAAAAGCAAUAUAUAAUUAAAAUAUACAAUAAAAUUUUAAUAUCUUAUUUAUAUUUUGAUAUCAAUAUGAAAUGUUUAAAACUAAUUAAUAUAAUUUUGAUAUAUUUAUUGUGUGUGUGUGUGUGUGUGUGUGUGUGCGCGCGCGCGCGCGCGCGCAAGUUUUCUAAUAUAUUGAAAUGUUUUUAUUUCAUUUACAUUUUACAUAUUUGCAAUUGUUGCUUUUCUUCUUUAUAUUUUUUACUUAAAUCAAGUUGUCUUAAUUUAGCAUACAUUGCACUAGCACUAAGCACAAUAAAAUUACUUAUCCACCACAUAAAUGAUUUUUCUUCAUUAAACCAAUAAGUUGCUAAAAUUGUUUGUACACAAGCUUUAGCAGUUCCACUAAUAUUGUGAGUUAAAGGAGAUGUAACUUUUAUUUGAAGUGCUGUAGCAUAACCAAUAGCAAAUCCACAAAUACCACCAAUAAUCAUAACUAACCAAAAAUAAAAAGAUCCAAUUUUAUCAUAAUUGUAUACUGUAAUAUGUUCUCCAUUAAUUAUUAUUAAUGGAAGAAAUAUAAUAAUACUAUAUGCAUUAUUAUAAUAAGACAAUAACCAAAUAUCUUGAUUUAAUGUAGGAAGAACUUGUUUCAUAUGAAUAGAAUACAAAGAAAGAGUUAAUGAUCCUAAUACGCCAAAAAUUGUUCCUAGAACAGAUAAAGAACCAGCAAUAUGUUCUUGGUCUACACCAAGCCAAAAUCCAAUAACAAUAAAUGCACAACAUGCAAUACAAUUUGUAGAAGUUUUUUGACCUGUAAAAUUAUAAUAAAUUAUUACAUAAAUGUAUACAUAAAAA